GGACCAGUGAAUUGUUAGCCCCAAUCACACAAACCCACUUUCGACUAAUGAAUUUUACCUGUCCAAGGAUUUUUCCACUUUCAUCGAAAUCAAUACUACUAGCAACAUCGAGAAGUUCAGAAGUUCUGUCUCAACGCCAACCUCUCACCCCCAGACAGUUCAUUUCGAUCCUCGACAAUCGUCAACCGCCAACAUGGCUGACUCCGAGACUCCUGUCACCUUGCGAACCCGCAAGUUUAUCCGCAACCCUCUCCUCGGUCGCAAGCAGAUGGUCGUUGACAUUCUCCACCCCGGCCGUCCCAACAUCUCCAAGGACCAGCUUCGCGACAAGCUAUCCUCCAUGUACAAGGCUCAGAAGGACCAGGUCUCCGUCUUCGGUCUACGAACACAAUUCGGUGGCGGCAAGACGACCGGUUUCGCCCUCGUCUACGAUUCUCCCGAGGCCAUGAAGAAGUUCGAGCCCCAGUACCGACUUGUCCGUGUCGGCCUGGCCACCAAGCGCGAACGAGCAUCCCGACAGCAGCGCAAACAACGCAAGAACCGCCAGAAGACCCUACGCGGAACGGCCAAGGUCAAGGGUGCCAAGGCGAAGAAGGAGAAAUAAACGAUGGGCUUAUGGGUUUUUAUGGUCUUCGCGGAGUGGGUUCGGCUCGGCUUUGGCACUGGCUCUGUGCAUUACAUGCGAUAAUGCAUCUCUCUGCAUCCUGCUUCCUACUACUAGUCGAGAUACGGUUUUAGGAACUUUUCCUCGAGGCGUGACGGAAUGAAUUUGAUGAUUUCCCCACGAUAGCAUAAAUCAAGGAGUUGACAUGGCAAUCACGA